AUGGCGCUGCAGCUCUGGACCCUGACCCUCCUGGGCCUGGCGGGCACAAGUGCGAGCCUGCGGUCCCGCAAGCUGGUCUUCCGCAGCGAAACGGAGCUGAACCACCUGGUGGUGGACGAGGGGUCGGGCGUGGUGUACGUGGGGGCAGUGAACGCGCUCUACCAGCUGAGUGCUGACCUGCAGCUGGAGCAGCGGGCGGCCACGGGCCCAGCCCUGGACAAUAAGAAGUGCACGCCGCCCAUCGAGGCGAGCCAGUGCCACGAGGCCGUGCAGACUGACAACGUCAACCAGCUCCUGCUGCUCGACGCCCCCCGCAACCGCCUCAUCGAGUGCGGCAGCCUCUUCAAGGGCAUUUGCGCCCUGCGCUCCCUGAGCAACGUCUCCACGCUCCUCUUCUAUGAGGACGGCAGUGGCGAGAAGUCCUUCGUGGCCAGCAACGACGAGAGCGUGGCCACCGUGGGGCUGGUGAGCACUGCGGGCCCAAGCGGUGAGCACGUGCUCUUUGUGGGCAAGGGCAACGGGCCCCACGACAACGGCAUCAUCGUGAGCACGCGCCUGCUGGACCGGACCGAGGGCAGGGAGGCCUUCGAGGCCUACACGGACCAUGCCACCUACAAGGCCGGCUACCUGUCCACAAACACACAGCAGUUCGUGGCCGCCUUCGAGGACGGCCCCUACGUCUUCUUCGUCUUCAACCAGCAGGACAAGCACCCGGCCCGGAACCGCACGCUGCUGGCGCGCAUGUGCAAGUACGACCCGUUCUACUACUCCUACCUGGAGGUGGACCUGCGCUGCCUGGGCCCCGGCGACACCCGGGUCCCCGCCUUCGGCACCUGCCUGGCGGCCUCCGUGGCCCGGCCAGGCACCACUGGGGUGCUCUAUGCUGUCUUCAGCACAGAUGGCCGGGCUGGCGGGGGACCACGGGCGGGCCUCUGCCUGUUCCCACUGGACGAGGUCCACAGCAAGAUGGAGGCCAGCCGCGACGCCUGCUACACGGGUGCCCGGGAGGCGGCCCGGGACACCUUCUACAAGCCCUUCCACGGCGAGAUCCAGUGUGGCGGCCACGGGUCGGGUGCCAGCGAGAGUUUCCCGUGUGGCUCGGAGCACCUGCCCUACCCGCUGGGCAGCCGAGACGGACUCUCAGCCGUAGCCGUGCUGCACCGUGGAGGCCUGAACCUGACGGCUGUGACAGUGACGACCGAGAAUGGCCACACCAUCGCCUUCCUGGGCACCUCGGACGGCCGGGUCCUCAAGGUGUACCUCGCUCCAGAUGGCAGCUCCGCAGAGUAUGGCUCUGUCCUUCUGGAGAUCAACAAGAGAAUCAAGAGGGACCUGGUGCUGGCCGCAGACCUGGCCAGUCUGUACGCCAUGACCCAGGACAAGGUGUUCCGGCUCCCCGUGCAGGAGUGUGAGAGCUUUUCCACCUGCGCCCAGUGCCGCAGCUCACAGGACCCCUACUGCGGCUGGUGCGUCGUCGAGGGACGAUGCACCAGGAGGGCCGAGUGCCCGCGGGCUGAAGAGAGUGGCCACUGGCUGUGGAGCCGCAGUGAGGCCUGCGUGGCCGUCACCGAGGCCCAGCCGCAGAACAUGAGCCGCCGGGCCCAGGGAGAGGUGCACCUGACCGUCAGUCCCCUCCCGGCCCUGAGUGAGGAGGACAAGCUGCUGUGCCUCUUUGGUGAAUCACCGCCGCACGUGGCGAGCAUGCAAGGGGGCGCCGUGGUCUGCAACUCCCCGAGCAGCAUCCCCAGCACGCCGCCUGGCCAGGAUCACGUGGCUGUGACCAUCCGGCUUCUCUUCAAACGCGGCGACGUCUUCCUGACCUCCCACCUGUACCCCUUCUACGACUGCCGAGCGGCCACGAGCCUGGAGGAGAGGCUGCCGUGCAUCUCCUGCGCCAGCAACCGCUGGACCUGCCAGUGGGACCUGCGCUACCACGAGUGUCGGGAGGCCUCGCCCAACCCUGAGGACGGCAUCGUCCGUGCCCGCAUGGAGGACGACUGCCCCCAGUUCCUGAACCCCAGCCCGCUGGUCAUUCCCAUGAACCACGAGACGGCUGUGACCUUCCAGGGCAAGAACCUGGACACGGUGAAGGGCUCCUCCCUGCGCGUGGGCAGUGACCUGCUCAAGUUUGAGGAGCCAGUCAGCACACAGGAGCAAGGAAACUUCUCCUUUCGGACCCCAAAGCUCUCCCACGAUGCCAACGAGACGCUGCCCCUGCAUCUGUAUGUCAAGUCCUACGGCAAGAAUAUUGACAGCCGGCUCCAAGUGACCCUCUACAACUGCUCCUUCGGCCGCAGCGACUGCAGCCUGUGCCUGGCCGCUGACCCUGCCUACAAGUGCGUGUGGUGCAGCGGGCAGAGCAGGUGUGUGUACGCGGCCCUGUGUGGUAACGCCACCUCCGAGUGCCCACCGCCCGUCAUCACCAGGAUCCAGCCUGAGACUGGUCCGCUCGGCGGAGGCAUUCGCGUCACCAUCCUUGGGUCAAAUCUGGGGGUCAGAGCAGACGACGUGAAGGGGGUCACCGUGGCUGGCCGGAACUGUGCCUUUGAGCCAGAACGCUACUCUGUGUCCACCCGGAUCGUGUGCACCAUCGAGGCUGCAGAGGCGCCCUUCACGGGGGGCGUCGAGGUGGACGUCAGCGGGAAGCUCGGCCACUCGCCUCCGCACGUCCAAUUCACCUACCAGCAGCCCCAGCCCCUCAGUGUGGAGCCAAAGCAGGGGCCACAGGCGGGCGGCACCACGUUGACCAUCAAUGGCACCCACCUGGACACAGGCUCUGAGGAAGACAUGCGGGUGACCCUCAGUGACAUCCCUUGUAAAGUGAUGCAGUUUGGGGCACAGCUUCAGUGUGUCACCGGCCCCCAGGCAGUUCCGGGAGAGCUGCCCCUAAAGAUUUACUAUGGGGGCUCCGAAGUGCCCAGCCCUGGCGUCACCUUCACCUACCGUGAGAACCCGGUCCUGCGGGCCUUCGAGCCGCUGCGAAGCUUUGUCAGUGGUGGCCGGAGCAUCAACGUCACAGGACAGGGCUUCAGCCUGAUCCAGAAAUUCGCCAUGGUGGUCAUAGCCGAGCCCCUGCAGUCCUGGAGGCGGCGGCGGGAGGCCGGACCCCUGCAGCCCGUGACGGUCGUGGGCAGGGAGUACGUGUUCUGCAGUGACUCCAAGGUCGUGUUCUUGUCCCCGGCCGUCCCCGAGGAGCCCGAGGCCUACAACCUCACAGCGCUCAUUCAGAUGGAUGGGCACCAAGCCCUGCUCAGGACUGAGGCUGGUGCCUUUGAGUACGUCGCCGACCCCACCUUCGAGAACUUCACAGGGGGCGUCAAGAAGCAGGUCAACAAGCUCAUUCACGCGCGGGGCACCAAUCUGAACAAGGCGAUGACAAUUCACGAGGCCGAGGCCUUCGUGGGUGCCGAGCGGUGCAUCAUGAAGACACUGACAGAGACCGAUCUGUACUGUGAGCCCCCAGAGGUGCAGCCCCCUCCCAAGCGGCGGCAGAAGCGGGACACGACCCACAACCUGCCUGAGUUCAUUGUGAAGUUUGGCUCCCGGGAGUGGGUGCUGGGCCGCGUGGAGUAUGACACGCGUGUGAGUGACGUGCCGCUCAGCCUCAUCCUGCCGCUCGUCAUCGUGCCCAUGGUGGCCGUCAUCGCCGUGUCUGUCUACUGCUACUGGAGGAAGAGCCAACAGGCGGAGCGCGAGUACGAAAAGAUCAAGUCGCAGCUGGAGGGCUUGGAGGAGAGCGUGCGUGACCGCUGCAAGAAGGAGUUCACAGACCUGAUGAUUGAGAUGGAGGACCAGACCAACGAUGUGCACGAGGCAGGCAUCCCCGUGCUGGACUACAAGACCUACACCGACCGCGUCUUCUUCCUGCCCUCCAAGGAUGGCGACAAGGACGUGAUGAUCACGGGCAAGCUGGACAUCCCCGAGUCACGGCGGCCCUUGGUGGAGCAGGCGCUCUAUCAGUUCUCCAACCUGCUCAACAGCAAGUGCUUCCUCAUCAACUUCAUCCACACCUUGGAGAACCAGCGGGAGUUCUCGGCCCGUGCCAAGGUCUACUUUGCGUCGCUGCUGACGGUGGCGCUGCACGGGAAGCUGGAGUACUACACGGACAUCAUGCGCACGCUCUUCNNNNGGUACCUGGAAGAGCCAGCUGAUCCUAGGGGCACUAAAGGGCCCCUCAGCACAAGGCCUUUCUGCAUCUCCAGGUCUGAGACAGUGGUGGAGAGGAUGCUGUCUAAUUGGAUGUCCAUCUGCCUGUACCAGUAUCUCAAGGACAGCGCAGGGGAGCCGCUGUACAAGCUCUUCAAGGCCAUCAAGCAUCAGGUGGAGAAGGGGCCGGUGGAUGCUGUGCAGAAGAAAGCCAAAUACACCCUCAAUGACACAGGGCUGCUGGGGGAUGACGUGGAGUAUGCACCGCUGAUGGUGAGCGUGAUCGUCCAGGACGAAGGGGUCGACGCCAUCCCUGUCAAGGUCCUCAACUGUGACACCAUCUCCCAGGUCAAGGAGAAGAUCAUCGACCAGGUGUACCGCACGCAGCCUUGCUCCCGCUGGCCCAAGGCUGACAGUGUGGUCCUCGAGUGGCGUCCUGGGUCCACAGCCCAGAUCCUGUCAGACCUGGACCUGACCUCUCAGCGGGAGGGCCGGUGGAAGCGCGUCAACACGCUGAUGCACUACAACGUCCGGGAUGGAGCCACUCUCAUCCUGUCGAAGGUGGGGGUCUCCCAGCAGCCUGAGGACAGCCAGCAGGACCUGCCUGGGGAGCGCCACGCCCUCCUGGAGGAGGAGAACCGGGUGUGGCACCUGGUGCGGCCGACGGACGAGGUGGACGAGGGCAAGUCCAAGCGUGGCAGCGUGAAGGAGAAGGAGCGCACCAAGGCCAUCACCGAGAUCUACCUGACCCGCCUGCUCUCGGUCAAGGGCACGCUGCAGCAGUUCGUGGACAACGUCUUCCAGAGCGUGCUGGCGCCCGGCCACGCGGUGCCGCCCGCAGUCAAGUACUUCUUUGACUUCCUGGACGAGCAGGCGGAAAAGCACGACAUCAAGGACGAGGACACCAUCCACAUCUGGAAGACCAACAGUUUACCUCUCCGGUUCUGGGUGAACAUCCUCAAGAACCCCCAUUUCAUCUUCGACGUGCACGUCCACGAGGUGGUGGACGCCUCCCUGUCAGUCAUCGCACAGACCUUCAUGGACGCCUGCACACGCACAGAGCACAAGCUGAGCCGUGACUCUCCCAGCAACAAACUACUCUACGCCAAGGAGAUCUCCACCUAUAAGAAGAUGGUGGAGGACCACUACAAGGGGAUCAGACAGAUGGUGCAGGUCAGCGACCAGGACAUGAACACACACCUGGCAGAGAUUUCCCGGGCGCACACGGACUCCCUGAACACCCUCGUGGCCCUGCACCAGCUCUAUCAGUACACGCAGAAGCACUACGACGAGAUCAUCAACGCCCUGGAGGAGGAUCCCGCCGCCCAGAAGAUGCAGCUGGCCUUCCGCCUGCAGCAGAUCGCGGCUGCGCUUGAGAACAAGGUCACGGACCUCUGA